GUCACAUGGCCGGAACACAACAAACUUACAUCCGGUUUCAGCACGUUGCCUUUUCCCUUAUAUUACCAACAAACCUCAAGCGCGUUCUGUAAAAACAGAAACAAUUCACCAACAUGCCGAAAGCCAAGAAGUCAUCGAAGAGAAAAAAGUUCGACUACAACCAGGACCGGAAGAAGAUGAGGAAACGGUCCAACAAGAAAUACAACCCCAGGAUAGAAAAUUCACAGAUUCGAAAUGCGUGGGACAACAAAAAGUCCACUGCCAAGAACCUGCAGGAGAUGGGUCUGGCUUUUGAUCCAAACCGCACGGUGCCAAUAAAGAAAAGCAGCCUCCUCGGCCCGGAUAAACCAACGAAAGCCCCCACCGGCAUCGUGACCAAGCCCUACGUACUCAACCAGUUGCAGAAAGAGGCCAACGUUCCAGAGAGAGACUGCAAGACGCUGUCCUCUGAUCUGAUCGAGUACGCUCAGUACAUGAUCCGAGAGCACAACGACGACUUCAAGGCGAUGGCCCAGGACGAGAAGAACUACUACCAGGACACGCCCAAACAGAUCAAGAGGAAGAUCAGCGAGUACAUGCGGUGCCACCCGGACGACUUCGACGCCUUCAUGGACUCGCUCGCCGCUCCGUAGCGGCGGCCCGGGGAAAAGCAGCCGAGCCGGUUCUGGACUCCCUUUUCCUCCCGCGUGUCAGGAUGUCGUUGUGUAGAGACGUAGUGCGAGCGGGACACGCGUCCGGCGUGGGGAUGUAGCUGAUGCUCGUGGACAUCUGCUACAUCCCGAUGGGGACGAGCUGCAGCACUCGGACCCUGUAAAGAUUUCCUGUUUUAAUGAAAUUGUGUGUGUGUGUGUCAGUCAAACGUGCUUAGCCGACAUGUGUUUGCAAUGAAAUCAUUUAAAUAUCUCUAGGCUCACUUUGCAGACGUCAUUGGCUUUCUCUCUGGGCGGGGAGGCGUUUUUUUUUUAAAGCAGUCUUGGCGAGGACCUAAAAGAGUUGUAUAAAGGUCACAACUUGAAGUGAAUUCUAAGACGUUCAACCCAAACUUUUCUACACUUCUCCGCAUUUCCUUUUUCCCAAAAUCUAUUGUAAAAUAAAUUAGAACUGCUGUGCUGCUGUGUUUUCCUUAAUGUUCAGUUGUUGUAAAACCUUUUUUUCCAGCUCCAAAUCCAGAUAAAAUGACUUAAUGGCGAAUAAUUAAAGGACGAGGUCUACCUGACAUAUUGAGUUACUGUUUGUCUGACGUCGCAACGCGUGUUUUCUGCUGAAGAAACCUCUGGAGAUGCUUCCAGCGCUCGAGGCCUGACGUUGGUGCUUGUUUCAUUACGGCUAAACGCUGAGCGUAUGCUUGUGUCGCGUGGACCUGGAACCCGUCGUCUUCGUCCUCGGCUGCUGCUGUUGAGGUCACACCCGUUAUCCGCCCCACAAGGACUGGAGGAACGUGGAGAACUUUGAAUUCCACGCAUGAAACACUGUUAUUGGAGAGACUAAAGGCUUCUCAUAUAAACGUUACUAGUACUUCACUGCACCCUGGUAAAUGACUUCGAUGUGUAAAAUCAGUGGAGUUCCGCAAGUCCGAAUAAAUCAAACGGACAAUCGACCCUUUCAUGACGUUUAAAAGAGAAUAAAGCAUAAAGCAUCA